AUGGAGCCGCAAGAUAGAACAAAACGGCCCCAGGAAGAAGACAAUGGCGUCCCAAUUGAUGGUCACAAUGGCUCUAAUAGUGAACCUGCUGCUAAGAAAAUAAAACUUGACAGCCCAUCAUCAGCAGACUCCAGGGCCAAGGGCGUCGCCCCGAUCAAGGCAGAGUAUCUCCUAUUCCCACCCGGUCAAAAAGCGAAGCCUACCCAAAGCGAAGCCGAAGCCGAUGACAAUGACGAUGAUGCCGCCGAGGGGCGGACAGCUCCGACACCACAAGAAACGCAACAAGCCCCCCAGAAGGACGGGAAACGGAAAAGUCAAAGGGGGCAGAAUAAGGAAAGGGAGUUUGGCACCUUCUCCGACGCUCAGCGCUUAUGCAACACAAUCGCCUGGACCCCCGAGUUCUCACCGCGUCCUUGUAAGCACGGCGAUCGCUGCAAUGCCCUCCACGACCUCCGCAAGUACCUAAAAGAAGGCCGCCGUCCUGAUAUUACCACGUUUGGGGGGAAGUGCCCGGUUUGGGAGAAGUACGGCAAGUGCCCGUCCGGUUGGCGCUGUCUGUUCGUCCACAGCCACAUGGACGAGAUCAAGCAUGAGGACGGUCGGUCGGAACUAGUUCUAGUAGGCGACGCUAGCAAGGCACCGGAAGGCGGGGAGGAGGCAGCCGGCGAGAUCAAGCCCGGCGUGGUCAAUAUGGUGCCGGUCGGCAUCAAAUAUGACCUCUCCAAAAAGAGGAUUCCUCUAGAGAAGUCGGAGCAGUACCUGGCCUGGUUGGCUAAGGACACCAAACAUCUCGCCAAACAUUACCAGAAGCACAAGGACGACGAGACCAAUCCAAAUGAUUACAGGGCCCACGAAAUCGUGCCGCCCCGUUUCAACCCGGGCGGCCCUAUCGUUCAAGGCUACGACAACUCCAAAGACGUCAAAUUCGGCGCCCAGAUCGCAGCCAAUGCCCCAUGGGUUGCUGUGAAGGCCACUGAGGCCCUAUCUCAGCUUCUGCCGCAUCUUCGUCUAGUCGAUCUGAAUUGCGGUUGUCCGGUGGACGCCGUGUUCAAGUCUGGGUCGGGAUCCGCCCUUCUGGAUUCACAUUCAAAGCUGGAGAGGAUGAUCAGGGGUAUGAAUGCAGUAUCGGGAGAGGUGCCAAUCACAGCAAAAAUCCGAAUGGGCUCCAGGGAUGGCAAACUCACAGCCCAGAAGCUCGUUGAGCGUCUAGCUCUCGGCAGCGAGGACCUGCGCGACAUGAUCGGCGCGCCCGGGUGCGCAGCCGUCACCCUGCAUGGCCGGACGAGGCUGCAGCGGUAUACCAAGGCCGCCGACUGGGGUUACAUCGCCGAGUGCGCGGCGCUGAUCAAGCAAUUCAACGAGAAGAGUAAUGACCUCGCCGACACGAUCCGAGAGGCGGACGAGAACACGUUACCUAACGGCGGGAAGAUGUACUUCCUAGGCAACGGCGACUGUUACUCGCACGUCGAAUACUUUGACCACGUCGAUAACGCCAAGGUUGACAGUGUCAUGAUUGGGCGCGGCGCCCUCGUCAAGCCUUGGGUCUUUGAGGAGAUCGAAAAGGGCCAGUACCUAGACAAGUCCAGCUCGGAGCGGUUGACGUACAUCGAGAAGUUUGUCCGGUAUGGUAUGGAAGCCUGGGGCUCGGACGAGCUCGGCCUCAACUACACGCGCCGGUUCCUCCUCGAGUUUCUCAGCUUCUUCUGCCGCUACGUGCCCAUCGGUCUGCUGGAACGGCUGCCGCCGAACCUCAACGAGCGGCCUCCUGCUUACCGCGGGCGCGACGAUCUCGAGACGCUGUUUGCGAGCAAGAACUACAAGGACUGGAUCAAGAUCAGUGAGAUGUUCCUUGGCCCAGCUCCACCCGGGUUCAAGUUCCAGCCAAAACACAAGUCAAACAGCUACGAGAUUGAGGCCGAAGGUUGA